UGAAGCAAUUUCAGAUUAUUUAUUUCAAUUCCAAGUAAAGACUGUAGAAGGAAAAAAAUUUAGUGUUAUUUAUUCCAUUACAAUGAAUAAUUUCAACGACAUUUCAGUUCAUUAUGUGAAAAAUGCAGUUCGUGAACAGCCGUCAGUCAACGUUCGAAUGUGAAAUAUUUCAAAUCAAUCCCCAUUGACAAAAAAGUUAUUAACGAAUAUUAUCAAAACAUUUAAAACAUUUUUAUUCGAAAACAUUAUAUUUAAAUCGAAAACUCAUGAUAUAUAAAUUAAUAAAAAAAAAUUUUUGUAAAAAAAACAAACGAUUGUAGAAAUCAUUGUGUAUACACUCAUAUACAAGCAUGUGUUUAUAAAUAUAAAAAAAAAAAUUAGCAAAUCGGAAAAACUAAAACAUUUUAAAGAAUAAAAAUUUAAACAGAAAAAUGACCGAAUCAGAUUCAAAAAGUGAAAUUAGUUUGGAUGGUGAUACCAUCAUUUCAAAAAUUGAAAAACUGACGACAUCACAUAGUCCACGGUUGCCAUCGAUAAAAGAUUUUUCAAUUAUUAAAAUCAUCAGUCGUGGUGCAUUCGGACAAGUGUUUCUCGGCUACAAAAAUACCGAUGAAAGUAAACUUUUUGCAAUAAAGGUGAUGCGAAAAUCGGAAAUGAUAAACAAAAAUAUGAUUUCACAAGUGAUUACAGAACGAAAUGUUCUGGCAUUGUCGACCAGCGAAUAUUGUGUUCGGCUCUUCUAUUCGCUUCAGACACAUAUAUAUGUAUUUUUGGUUAUGGAAUACAUGAUUGGUGGUGAUUUAAAAUCAUUGAUAGCCGCAUAUGGAUACUUUUGUGAAUCGGCAGCUCAAUUCUACUGUGCCGAAAUCACCAUGGCAUUGGAAUAUUUGCAUAAACACGGUAUAAUUCAUCGAGAUAUAAAACCGGAUAAUAUGUUACUAUCAGCAAAUGGCCAUGUAAAAUUGACUGAUUUUGGCCUGAGCAAAAUUGAAAUUAGCAGAGAUCUGGAGCUAUCAGAUUUUAUUACAACAUCACCUUGUUUAACAACACGAACACCUGGUCAAUUGCUAUCGUUAACGUCUCACUUAACAUUUGGUUCAGGCGAACCCAAAUCUUCUAAGCCGCACAACUUGAUGAAUAUCAUGAAUCGACAAAGAUUCAACGAUGAUUUAGAUUCAAGUAUUCAAAAGAACAAUGACAGUCAUGUGUCAGGUAUUUCACCAUUCUUCUCAUCCGAAGACAUAAAUAUGUCGAUAACUGCACCACAACCAAACGAAAGUAAAGGCUCUGCAUCUUCAUAUUAUACGUGCAAUUCCAGUAUUGGCAACCGCACAUCGAUGAAAUGUGAUUGUAGUCACCUGAGUGCAAAUGUUAGCUUCAAAAACAUGAUAAAAGAGAGAAAAUGCGAAAAUUGCAAGAGCAAAGAUGGCAAUGGCACAAACAAUGACUCUCUAAAAUAUCCACUAAUGAAGAUGCGAUUUCCACGGCAUUUAAAAGAGAACGAAGACUCCGGCAUAUCAUCAAUCCGAUCAAAUAUUCAAUGUGAAUUGUCGGCAAUUGAGAAAUGUGAAAAUUCAUCUCAUAAUCCAAUUAAAGAAGACUCCAAUUCAUCCUCCAAUUUAUCAAAAAGUUCUAACAAUUCAAAUCUUAGCAACGAUACUAACAAUUCAAAAUCCACGGAAUCACCAUUGAACAAAUCCAUACAUAAAUCGUUCUUCAAAAGACCGUGUUUUGAUUCCGGGGCCAAGCGAUCACGCAAUAUGCUGAGCGUGCCAGAUGAUGGAUGCUCACAUAGUACGGGACUAACACAAGAAAUUGAUAUUAUGGAUAUCGGAAGCAGUACACCAAAACGUAAAAAAUCCAAAUCUCCACUCAAAGGUGUUCUUAAAAUAAGACCACUAUCAGACGAUGAACCACCACCAGUUAGUGAACAUCCAAAUAGCGCACAUGUGAUUUUCUCAACGCCAGUGUCAUCGCUUAAAACGCAAAAACCCAGAAAUUCAGUUCUUCGACUGAAAAGUACGCGGUUCCAAUUACCCGCAAGUGCAGAAAAAUCACAAAACAAAAACCAUAGCUCGAUCAUAAAUGAACCAGUAAUGUCACCAAUAAAUUCAGCUCAAAUAGUCGACGACACACCCAAAAUAAAGCACACACCGUUUCGUACACCAAAAUCAGUACGACGAAAUCAAGCUGCAUCGAACGAACGUAUUUUGGGAACUCCAGAUUACCUAAGCCCUGAACUUCUCCUAUCGCAAAAGCAUGGUGUCGCUGUUGAUUGGUGGUCACUUGGUGUUUGUCUCUUCGAAUUUAUGACGGGAAUUCCACCGUUCAAUGAUGAAACGCCACAGCAAGUGUUCGAAAACAUUUUAAACAGAAACAUACAAUGGGAUCAAGCAGAUGAACCAUUGACAGCUGAAGCAAUCGAUGCCGUUGAACAGUUUCUGACAAUGGAUCCAAACAAACGACCGUCGUCAAAAGAAGUUCAACAAAUGAUGUUUUUCAAAUCAAUCGAUUGGAAUAAUCUACCAAAUAUAGAACCACCGUUUGUGCCACAACCAGAGAAUCCAACUGAUACUGGAUAUUUUGAACCUAGAAACAUCAUGCAACAUCUUAAACUGUCCAAUAUUGAUAUCGGUGAAUUUGUUAGAGACUAGACUAGAUGCUUCAGUUCAAAUUCAAUGUGAACAUUUUAAUAUUUAUUUGUACCAUAUAAGCAAACAAGCAAGUGAUAUCUAUGUGAAAAUUCUUUUCUAAUCA